GCAACGGACGAAAUAAACCAGAACAUCGUUCUUCAAGCCAAGGACCCUUGUCGUCCAUUAGAGCAGUAAUCAAGAGAUCUUCUCGGACUUCUAUUCAGAGUGAACUUCAUAGAGAUAGGAGGCGCCCAGAGAUCACCAUUGUGGCAGCUGAGCCAUUGAGGCCAGCCUCGUGGUUUCCAGGAGCUCCACCCCCAGGACUGGGAUUUUCCCCAUCUUCUGCUGCAGGCCCUUGGAGGCCAAAUGAGUUGGUUCCUGCUGAGCUCCCACCAUCCUAUGAACAAGUCAUAAAAGAAAUAAACCAAGUUCAAGUUAAUACUACAAAUAAUAAUAAUGCUGCUGCCACUCCAAGGCACACUAUUACUUCUGCAACUCAGACUGACUUUUCAGAAGAAAUAGACAACGAUCUGCCUCAAACACUCCAGGCACCUCUCAAGCAGCCUUCCCCAGCAGUCUCAUCUGGCAAUCUUUCAACAAAUGUGGCACCUUUAAUAGUUUUUGAUAUUUCUGAAGAACAGAAUUGUCCAGAAAACCCCAGUGCCACAAGAUGUCCAGUGCCAAAACCAAGAUCAAAAAGCAACCUCAGACCAGUAGCCAGAGGUACUCACAUUAAAGAGCAAAGUCACCAGAAAAUCAGCACAGUAGCCACAGAAGAGGAGUCAUCCCCAGGCUGGCCCCAGUCUCUGUUGGACAAUACCAACGACUUAGACAGUCAGGCAGCGAUGAACAUUAUGAACACAGAACAAAGCCAAAAUAGUAUUGUUUCAAGAAUCAAAGCAUUUGAAGGUCAGACAAAUACAGAAACCUCAGGACUGCCCAAGAAACCAGAAAUUACUCCCCGUACGCUUCCCUCGAGGCCUACUGUUUCCUCAGGGAAACCCUCUGUGGCUCCCAAACCAGCUGCUAACAGAGCUUCUGGAGAAUGGGACUCUUGGACUGAAAGCAGACUCAAGGUGACUUCCAAGGAAGGGCUUACCCCAUACUCUCCACCACAAGAAGUGGGAAGCAUCCCAGUAACCAAACCUGAAUUGCCAAAGAAACCAAAUCCUGGCCUUAUAAGAAGUGUUAAUCAUGAGAUAAUGGGAAGAGGGCCCCUGUCAGAGAGCCUUGAUGGUGGGAAGAAAGUCCCAACUCCUGCUCCACGGCCUUUGCUGCCGAAGAAAUCACUUUCCUCAGAAGAUCCCACCUACCCUCCGCUGAAACCCAUCACUGUUCCUCCCCGACUUUCAGUGGCAUCACAAGCCAAAGCAUUCAGGUCACUGGGAGAAGGGCCCCCGGCUAAGCCCCCAGGUCCAAUUCUGCAAAGCAAGCCCCAGGGUGAUAUCGACCUGAUCAGCUUUGAUGAUGAUGUUUUACCCACCCCAUCUGGGAACCUGGCUGAAGAAUCUAUUGGUUCAGAGUUGGUUCUAGAUCCCUUUCAGCUCCCCACAAAAACAGAACCAACAAAAGAACAAGCAGUUCAACAAGCACCCACCAGGAAGCCCACUGUAAUUCGAAUUCCAGCCAAACCAGGAAAAUGUUUACAUGAGGAUCCACAAGGCCCACCUCCUCUUCCUACUGAAAAACCUAUUGGAAACACUUAUAGUGUAGUAUCUGGAAAACUCAGUAAUAUUGACAGAACUAGAAACUUGGAAUCCAGCCACACUGGUCAUAUAGGAGGUUUUGUGCGAGGACCCCCAAGGUUGCCACCAAGACCUGUAAAUGGAAAAACCAUUUCAACUCGACAGCCUCCUCCCAAGGUGCCCCCUGAGAGACCACCUCCCCCGAAACUGUCUGCGACCAGAACAUCAAAUAAAAAACUGCCCUUUAAUCGGUCCUCUUCCGACAUGGAUCUUCAGAAAAAACAAAGUAACUUGGCAUCUGGACUCUCAAAAGCCAAGAGUCAAGUCUUUAAAAAUCAAGAUCCGGUGCUACCCCCUCGCCCCAAACCAGGACACCCUCUCUACAGUAAAUACAUGCUGUCUGUGCCUCAUGGAAUUGCCAAUGAAGACAUUGUCCCACAAAACCCUGGAGAUCUCUCUUGUAAGCGUGGGGACGUACUUGUGAUGCUGAAGCAGGCAGAAAAUAAUUACUUGGAAUGCCAAAAGGGAGAAGAUACUGGCAGAGUCCACCUGUCUCAGAUGAAGAUUAUUACUCCACUUGAUGAACAUCUUAGAAGCAGACCAAACGAUCCAAUCCACGCUCAGAAGCCUGUUGACAGUAGCACUCCUCACGCUGUUGUUCUUCAUGAUUUUCCAGCAGAGCAAAUUGAUGAUUUGAACCUCACUUCUGGAGAAAUUGUUUAUCUUUUGGAAAAGAUAGAUACAGAUUGGUACAGAGGGAACUGUAGAAACCGGAUUGGCAUAUUUCCUGCCAACUAUGUCAAAGUCAUUGUUGAUAUUCCAGAAGGAGGAAAUGGGAAAAGAGAAUUCGUUUCAUCUCAUUGUGUUAAAGGCCCAAGAUGUGUUGCUCGGUUUGAAUAUGUUGGCGACCAGAAGGAUGAGUUAAGUUUCUCAGAGGGAGAAAUUAUUAUUCUUAAAGAGUAUGUGAAUGAGGAAUGGGCGAGAGGAGAGCUUCGAGACAGAACUGGGAUUUUCCCCCUAAACUUCGUGGAACUUGUUGAGGAUUAUCCCACCUCUGCUGCAACUGUUUUAAGCACAAAGAUACCACUAAAAACCAAAAAAGAAGAUUCUGGCUCAAAUUCUCAGGUAGGCUGCCUGAACAGAAAACUAUAUAAUAAGUUCCAUUCUUUAGGACUGGUUACUCAUGUACAUGACAAGAGGGCUAAGGUUGGAGAUAUAAUAACAGAGCUGGAAUCUGUAGAUGAUGACUGGAUGAGUGGAGAACUAAUGGGAAAAUCUGGAAUAUUUCCCAAAAACUAUGUUCAGUUUCUACAAGUCAGCUAAAGGUGAAGCUUGACUGUGUUUGUUGACACAAGAACUCACUUGAACUAUCACUUUGACUAUCAGAUACGUUUUUGCACUAUUUUUUUAACUGAAAAAGAAAUAUCUAAGCUGUACAUGGUACACUAGAAUUUUCUGAAAGGAGAAAACUUCUAGAUUUUGUUGUUAGCUUUCAUUACAGUAGAAACAUGCACAUGGAAACGCAUGAGCUUGGAUUCUACCAAGGAAAAUAUCUAGCAGGAUUAGCAAGGGAGACACAUUUCCCCGGGGAAAGCAUCUGAUGACAUGGCAGCACAGGGAAGCUCACAAGCAAAAGUUGCACUUGGACAUCUAUUUUAAUCAGCACAAGUGAAUUAACAGUGCUUCUUCAUUUUUUACUUUUGUUUAAAAAGAGGAUGUUUGACAUUCUAUAUCAUGUAACUAUCAGGACAUGGUUGGUAAUCUAAAUUUCAUUUUUGAUAUUCAGAUUAAUUCUUACAGUUUGAAUGCAUUAGACUUAUUACCUGGGCUAGUCUUUCCUUCAGGAGAGAUCAUUUAAUGACUAGUUGGAGCAUUUGUAAGCACAUAGUGAAAUCAGUUCAUGCUCACCAAAUGCUUCUUGUGUUACUGUGUUUUCCAUUUGUCCAAGGAUUUGAAGGUGGUCAAAAUGUGAUGUAUCUUACCUACUCAAAAGAACCAAAAGCAUCCCUGAAAUGCCUAGCUAAUACAACUAACCCUUCCAUAUACACGCUAUACUUAUUUCUUUCCUCGAUGUAUACUUUAUGUUAACCGGGUUAUUAUAAAGCAUACUUUCUGAAUCUGCAAUCAUUCCUUUGACAAUUACUGGUACCCAAAGGAAAAUUCAUUUUCUUUGCAUUACCCCAGUAAUAUAUAAAAGCUGUGUCUUGUUAUAGUAGUGCAUUAUGAAUCACAAAUAAUAUCUUAGAAUACGGAACAGCUGUUAAGAUGGAAAACAAUGCCAAACCCCCAAAGCUCGUUUCUUUACAAUGUAAUCAGAAUGAAAAAUAAUUUAGAGGACUGAAGACUGGUACUUUUUUGUUUUAUUUUUUCCCUAGCUCAUCCCUGCAUAAUUAUUAGAGUAAAUAAAAAAACCACUUUCUUGCUAUCCAUUGUUGUACAUUCUAAGCUUAAGAUAAAAGUGGUUCUUUUCAUGACUGAUUCAAUUACAGUUUAUGGGCUAAAGCCAAAUAGGUUGAAGACAAUCUUCCAGACAGAUCAAUGGAAUAGAAUUUUAUCGGAAAUGUAGAACACUUUCCCAACAAUGUUUAUGACUUUCUUCUAUUUUGGGAAGAGUUUCAUAUGCUGGACCACUUUUUGCUUUUGUUAUUUUUUCCGAUUGUCCAAAAAGUUAGGCCAUCAAUGGUUACACCAUUAUGGGAACACCACAUAGAGUUCUGUAGGGAAGAUAAUAUUUACUUUGUAUUUUACUAAAGUUAAUCUCCCAGUUAUGUGGUUACAUUUGGUUUUGGAGUAUGAGAACUUUUUUCUACAUGUUUGUGGUAAAGAAGAGAAUAUAAAGAAAAUUCUUGUCAAAUUUCAUUCGAAACUAAUUUCAUGAGAAAUGGGUCACUCAAAGCAUUAUCCAAACUAAAUUCUCAAUUGCAGCAAGGUGUACAACAGCAAGAAGUGGGUGGGGACAUGGAAUGGAACAGGAGGUAUAUUAUCUUUGCUUGUGUAAUUUUAACAUCUUAUAUUGAAGAUUCUGAAAACCUGUUUUUAUUGGAGAAAAAUAUCCCCCUUAAAUUUUGGCCUUCUGUCAGCAGAAUGAUAAGUGCAAUAGUUGUAAAUCUACUUGACACUAUAAUAAACUGAACCGAACUUUC